AUGAGCUUAGCUUCACCUUCUCCUUCUGCUACAAUGAAAAUUACUUCAAGAGGGAAGCUCCCUCUCUCGAUUGUCGCUGUCGUCGUCUGCAGUUUAGCAUUUGUAGCUCUCUUAUACAACACAGAAAGAAUAAGUUCCAUCUCUUCUACUUCUAUUUUCAAGUUCAAGUCUUGUUCUAAGAGACGCAGUUCCACCAAAUCCAAAGAAAAAACUUCGGAGGACUAUUUUAACACGGCAGCUGACGAUAGGUUCGAGUUUGAUCCAGAAGAAUGCAGCAUAAUGCACGGAAAGUGGGUGUUCAACAAGUCAUUUAAGCCUCUCUACACCGACAGAUCAUGCCCAUUUCUAGAUAGGCAAGUUUCUUGCGUCAAAAAUGGACGGCCAGAUUCGGAUUAUCGUCACUGGGAAUGGCAGCCCGAUGACUGCACUUUGCCGAGGUUUAAUCCAGAAGUUGCCCUUAAGAAACUUAGAGGGAAGAGGCUCAUGUUUGUGGGGGACUCGCUGCAAAGAGGCCAAUGGGAGUCGUUCAUAUGCAUGGUUUCAUCAAUAAUACCUGAACACAAGAGGUUCUAUAGAUUUGGACGCGUUCAUUCAGUCUUUAAAGCCAAGGAAUACGACGCUAAAAUUGAAUUCUAUUGGGCACCAUUUCUUAUCGAGUCCAAUACGGAUCUCCAAAUCAUAGCAGAUCCCAAAAAGAGAAUAAUGAAAGUGGAUUCCGUCGCCAAACACGCCAAAAACUGGGAGGACGUGGACAUUCUUGUGUUCAAUACUUACGUUUGGUGGAUGAGUGGUCUUAGGCUAAAAGUACUAUGGGGCUCGUUUGCUAAUGGGGAAGAAGGGUACGAAGUCCUGGACACACCUAUUGCUUACAAACUUGGCUUGAGAACUUGGGCCAAUUGGGUCGACUCAACAAUAAAUCCUAACAAGACUCGUGUCUUCUUUACUACCAUGUCGCCUACUCAUACAAGGAGCGAAGAUUGGGACAAGCCGAACGGGACUAAAUGCUACAACGAGACAAGACCAAUCAAGAAGAAGAAGUUCUGGGGGAGUGGUGCAGAUAAGCGCAUGAUGAGUGUGGUUGCCAACGUCGUGAAGAGAAUGAAAGUUCCUGUUACAGUCAUCAACGUAACACAACUCUCCGACUACCGCAUCGAUGGCCACGCAUCGGUUUUUACUGAAACUGCGGGCAAAUUGUUGACGGAAGAACAGAAGGCUGACCCAAUACACCAUGCAGAUUGCAUACAUUGGUGUCUGCCUGGAGUUCCUGAUACGUGGAAUCAAAUAUUCCUUGCACAUUUGUAGUCAUUGCUACGCAAAUUGAGUAUUAAUGUAAUUGAUUGUCUUUUCUCAACCUUAAUCUUUUACCACAAGUGUCAAACGUUCUUUCAUUCUUUUUAACAGCCAAGUUAAAAUGAAAAGUCAUUUAUUG